AUGCUUCGCGGCGCCAGGCGGCUGGCGUCGACCGCGCUCGGAGGGAGGGCGAGGCGGCUCUGCACCUGGCCUGGGUCCCCGGAUGCCGUGACGUCCGUGCUGCCACCCAUGGACGCCGAAAAAGACGGUUUAUCUCGGCCGGUGGUCGAGAAGGGGCCCCUGGGCACACGGUUCAACAACCCGUGGAGUACAUGGCGAGAGUGGGGGAUCAGGGACGCGGCGAUCAUCGCGGCAACUCUGAGGGAGUUUGUCAAGGAGGGAGGGAGCGGCGGUUGGCUGCUCGAGGAGAAAAAACCCACGGCGGCGGAUUUCAGGCAAACUUUUCCGCUGACCCCCGUCGACUGGUCAACGGUGACAGCCUGCCCAAAGGACGCUGUGCAAGCCCUCUGGGUGGGCCACGCCACUGCCCUUGUGCAAAUUGGGGAUGUGCGAUUCAUCACCGACCCCGUGUUUUCAGAUCGAUGUUCUCCAACUCAGUGGAUGGGGCCAAAGAGGGUGGUGCCCCCGGCUGUGGACCUCGACGACCCACAGUUUCCCAAACUGGACUUCGUCGUCAUCAGCCACAACCACUACGACCACCUUGACCGAAAUUCGGUUGCAGGGUUGCAUCGAAAGUUCGGCGACGACCUGGCCUGGUACGUCCCCAUGGGCCUUGCAUCUUGGUUCCGCUCCCGAGGCGUCUCCAACGUGACCGAAUUGACGUGGUGGGAGGGCCUUCCGCACGGCGACUCUGGCGUGAGCUUGCGAUUCCUGCCGACACAGCACUGGAGCGCGCGGAGUCUGACGGACAGGAGGAGCACCCUGUGGGGGAGCUGGCUGGUGACGGGGCCGGCGGGGCGGGUGUACUUUGGGGGCGAUACGGCGUAUUGCCCUGCCUUCAAGCAGAUUGGGCAGGAGCAUGCGCCGAUUGAUCUGGCGCUGAUACCUGUGGGGGCAUACCUGCCUCGAGAGUUCAUGAGGCCCCAGCACGUGGACCCCGAGGAGGCCGUGAAAAUCCACCAAGACAUUGGGGCGCGCUUUAGCAUGGGCAUCCACUGCUGCACCUUCGCCCUCACCACUGAAGCGCUGGACCAGCCGCCAAGGGACUUGGAGGCUGCUGUGUCGGCGGCUGGACUGAGUCCCGACGCCUUCGUGGUCCUGCGCCAUGGGGAGCACAUUCGAGUGGCCGGCGGCAGGGUCACGAACACUCCAAAGCUGCUGCCCGUCUCUGAGCAAGCCGAGGAUGGAUGA